UACAUCAUAUUUUGUACGAAUGUUUCAGUCUUUGGGAAAUCACGAAUUUGACGACGGUGUGAAAGACGUUGAAUCGUUUUUACGAAACAUAACCAUACCAGUGGUAGCUAGUAAUCUCGACUUAACUGACGAACCUGUAUUGGCCAAUGAGCCAAACUUGAUGAAAUCUAAAGUUCUGACGGUUAAUGGUCGCAGAAUUGGAAUUAUCGGAUACUUAACGCCGGAUACAGAACGUAUAGCACGAACGGGCAACGUAAAAAUAUUGCCAGAAAUCCCUUCGGUUGCGGCCGAGGCGAAACGUCUGAAAAACGAUGGGGUGGACAUUCUCAUAGCGUUGGGACAUUCUGGUUUCGAAAUGGAUAUACAGAUAGCCAGAGACGUCGAAGAUAUCGAUUUGGUAAUUGGCGGACAUUCAAAUACGUUUUUAUACACAGGAAAACCACCGGGUAUCGAUAAGCCUGUUGGCUCGUAUCCUUUUAUGGUGGAACAGCCAAACACCAAAAGAAAGGUGCCCGUUGUCCAGGCAGAUCACAUCACCAAAUAUUUGGGUGAAUUGUGGAUGGAGUUUGAUGAUGCCGGUGAAGUUGUAACAUGUUAUGGAAACCCAAUUUUAUUGGAUUCCAGUAUCAAACAAGAUCCCAAAGUAUUGAACGAAGUAAGAAUGUUGAAAGAAAUGAUUGAGAACAAGACUAAAGAAGUGAUCGGUUCGUCCAGCGUAUUCUUGGAAGGCGAAAAUGAAUAUUGUAGGUUCAGAGAAUGUAACCUGGGAAAUUUUAUAACGGACUCAUUCGUAAAUUACAAUAUUCGAAAAAAUAUUAAAUCGUUUGACUUG